AUGAAGAAAACUUCCAAGGAGAAGAAUUUGAACGUUCCUGGUACAGAAUUGAAUUCUGCAAAUGCCGGAAGGGGAAAAAGAGAGAGUCCAAGUAACUUUGUUGAACUGCUGCCCCCGGAAGUCACUUUUAAAAUUUUCAGCCAGCUAGAUGUUCAAAGUUUGUGCAGAGCUUCUAGGACAUGCCUGAGUUGGAAUCGCACAAUCAGAAGUAGUGACUCCUUAUGGAAACCUCACUGCUUGACUCUAAGAGCUGUGUGCCAAAGAGAAAUAGAUGAUGACAUAGAAAGUGGUUAUACCUGGAGGGAAAUACUCCUAAGAAAUUACCAGAAGAGCCGAGUGAAACAUGAGUGGCUGAGUGGCAGGUACAGCAACAUACGUUCUCCCAUCAGCCUGCCGGAAAGAGCUAUGUGCCCAAUGGAUGCAGACACGUGGGGGGAGAUUCUAGACGCAGAACUGGAAAGAGAAGCUGAAAAAUCGCAAUAG